UUUUAAAAGGUCAUAGGGUGUCCUUUAUUCAUCUUCGGCGAUUAGGUACCACCUGAUACUGUUAAUGGGCUCAUUCUAACUGGCCCAAUAGAAAAUCAUUAUUCAUGCGACUACCAAAAUCUUUUCAAAUUAGAUCAGCCGGGAGAAAGAGAGAGAGCAGUGAAAGCAGUCGGUUAACUUAUGGAGCACAAUGAAGCAGUGGAUGGACUACUGAAUCUGUUCUCCAAAGCAAAUCGAGACCUUUCAGCAGUCCACAACAAGCUCCACAAGGAAUUCAACCAAGUCUACCCCGAUCAUGCAAACCCAAUGAAGCUGGUCUCGAGGUUGAAAAAGAUAGAAGAAGAAAUGUCGUCGUUGAAGGACCAAUGUCGCGAACUUCUUGCUGCAAAACAGGAUCUCAUCGAUAAAGCAAGAACACUCUUGGUUGGAAACAGGACACAGCUGCAGAGAUUGCAAUCGUCGGCUGGUGUUCCUGUCACGAGUGAUGCUGAUGAUCCUGCUUAUGUCAGCUUUAAUCAGGUUAUUGAUGAGUGGGGAAUGCAAGUCAAAUCUAAGACAGAAAAUGAAUUGGAGUCGGAUUCCAAUGAUAUAAACCAGUUGUUGUUCUCGGCUAUUGUCCAAAGCAACUGAACUCAAUGGUAGACAUGUUUUUGGAGUAUCACCAUCGAGGACUGACAAAACGUGUUUACUAGUUGUGAAAUGUCAAUAGCGUAAUUUGGGACGCACUAUGGAUUCUGCGAAUAUGUUUUAGAAAUUAUGUAUUAGGGAUUCUCAGUUGAGGUUGUGUUCCGUACUGCUGUGUAUUCUAUGUACAUUUAUUCUUUUGUUAGCCUGUGUGUGUGUGCUGAGUAAACGAGCGUAUCACGUUUGUAAACCUCGAGUAAAACCUUAAUUAUACUGUGUGACAAGUGACAACGGAUUUAGGUGUUUGCCAAGUACUCUCUAGUUUGGCAUUCCCAUACACCAAACAGAGAAGGAAAAACAAGAACCAUUCUAUCCCAAAGG